AUGUCCGCUUCGCCUUUUGUCGUCGCAGCCUCUGAAGUCUUGCUAGGCCCGCCGCGCGAAACCCUGGCUUUCCCCGUCGUGGACACUGGCACUAGUGGUGAGCAGUUGGUUCUCCUGCAGGGAGCACACGUUGGCGACUCGCAGCCCACGGCGCUUUCCCUCUUCCGCCCCUCGCCCCUGCCUGCCGCCGUUUUGGCCUGGACACCUGGGCGACUGCUGCUGACCGGCGCCCUGUCUUCUCUUCUUCUUCACUACCCGUCGCCCACGCCCCAAGCCGACCUCUUCUCCACCACCCGCCGACAACCCCCCAACGGGCGCAUUCAAAUAUCGACUCUGCGCAUUCCCCGCCCGUGGCUCCCCGUGGCUCUCUCCCCCGACCGUCAAGCACCGCUCUCCACGUCGCCUCAGGCCUCACGCUCCCUUGCACGAUUCUCCGAAUCACGAACACUCCUUCAAAAGCAAUUCCGCUCCGUCGCCGCAAUUACUAGUAAUCUGACCGUUGCCUAUCAACGUCGUCGCCGCUCGUUUUAGCAUCGCACCACCCACGAAAACGCGCCCCAGCCCCGCUGACCACUUACGACACGCACGGCCACCCGCUGCUCAGGAAUAAAGAAAACGCAAUCGUGCCUAGAGUGCCUCGACCACUCCCACGAUUUUUUGUCGCCCACCUGCUCGCUCGCUGUCAUCCACGUGCGUACCAAUCUCUGAUCGGCCCUGGUUCGGUACCGCGUGCUUCUAGACCCACGCGACGACUAUUCUCCGGUACCUGUC